AUGGAGGGCAACCAUAAGAGCAAGGGAGGCAGCGGGGGCGGGAUCACUCGAUACCGGGGUGGACGUAGUCGACCUUGGGGGACGUUUGGGGCUGAGAUACGCGACCCCAACCAGCAAGGAGCUCGGGUUUGGCUUGGAACAUUUAACACCGCCGAGGAGGCUGCUAGAGCUUAUGAUAGAGCCGCUUAUGCCAUGAGAGGUCAAUUUGCAAUCCUUAAUUUCCCGCAGGAGUAUCCCAUGGGUGCUAAUGCUUAUCGCGGUUCGUCUUCGACCGGCUCAUCCUCGUCGUCAGCAAUGGAGAGUGGCAAACAGGUGUUCGAAAUAGAAUAUUUGGAUGAUAAUUUGCUUGAAGAACUUCUUGAAAUUGAAGAGAGAAAGAGCAAGAAAAUGUGA